GAGAAUUUUUGUGGAGCACUAAUAUAUAUAUUUAAUUGAAAAUUAAUCCAUUAUAAAUAAUUUUACUUAAAAAACUCAAAAAUGUUUUUAAGUCGAAGAUUUCAAUUCAUUAAUAAGUUAACGAAAAACCGCUACAUAAACAGCAUUUCUAAUGUGAGCAUGCAAAAGACGGAUGCUACAGCAAAUAAUGAAGAAAUUGAAGUGCCGAAUCGUAUUCAUCGUUCUUCCACGGAUAUAUUAUAUGCUUUAGCCAGUACUGUUGGUCGAGAUCCUACCGCACCACACUAUAAAUACCACGAUGAUCCUUUUCUUAUACCUGUUUCAAACAUGAGCAAACGUACUUAUGCUAUGGCGCAAGAAUCUGGCAGAAAAGCAGCAAAAUGGAUAAGAGAACAACAUAGAGAACUAUUUUUGCAUCAAGAAGCACAACCUGCUAUUGAAGAAUUUGUGCCUAAAAUGGUUUUUAAUGAGGAAUCUGUGAUAAAUAAUACAACACUUAACGAUCUCAUAUUGAGAUCCCAAGUUACAGAUGCAGUAUUUGUAUACAAUAUAAUGAAAGAGAAAAACAUAGAAAUCACUACAGAAUUGAAACAAAGUCUAUUGGAAUUAAUUUGUUUUUACAACAAUGUAGAACCACUUCCAGAGGAAUUUAUUGAAGAACGUUGGUUUAAACAAAAUAAUGAAACACGCGAUCGAAGUCGUAAAACGUGGAAAGAUGGAGAUUUAGCCGAACAAAUUUUUAAUGAAAUCGAACCAAAGACAACUUCAACUUAUGCUGCUAUAAUUAGAGGCAUGGCAAAAUAUUAUCAGGUUGAGCGUGCAUAUGCAAUGUUUGAGCAGGCUUUAGAAAAACAAAUUGAUUUAGACACAACUACAUUCAAUGCAAUUUUAGGUGUAACAAAUUUCUUAAAAGAAACUGCGGAUCAACGUUGGGAACUUUGUCGGCAAGUUUUGCAACAAAUGGCGACAUUACAAAUUAAGCCAAAUUUAGGUACCAUGAAUUCACUGCUGGAAUGUUUAACCACAUUUGGAAACUACAAGUUUGCACGUAGCUGCGCACUGCAAGUACUUGCUGAAUUCAAACUUCUAAAUAUACGACCUAGUCUGGGAACUUAUUAUUACAUACUUACCAUAUUUUGUCGGGACCGCUCACCAGUUUCGCAUGUAAUUGUCGAUAUACUAAAUGAAAUACAGGACAAAGAGUUUUCUAUAGAACACCACAAAGAUACAUAUUUUUUUGUAACAGCAAUGGAUGUAUGCCGAAAUCAUUUACAUGACAAAUCUAUUGCCAGAAAAGUCGAUGCACUACUUCAUACAGGCAAUAACUAUAAUCUUAUUGGUGAUUCAUUUAAAGAAUCUGUUUAUUAUCGACAUUAUUUUGCAUUACUUUGUCAAACGGAACCUGUUGAGGAAUUUAUGCAAACAUAUGAUAAAUUAGUACCUAAUAUCUAUAUUCCCGAGCCAGGUGUUAUGGAAGAACUGUUAAAAGCUGUUGAACUGAAUGCAGCUAUUGAACUCGUUCCCCGCUUAUGGUCCGACAUGAUUAUCUUUGAUCAUCUAGGUCGUGAGAGUUUAAUAAAUCGUAUACUUAACAUAAUGGUAAGCAAUAAGCCAGAUAUAAGUAUUCCUAUCCAAGAACAAUUACCUCAACAAUUCGCCAAAGUAGCGCUUGAUAUUUACAAUAAAAUACAAGAAACUCAAGGUCGAGCCAAAAAAAUUUCAUUUACUGGCCAAAUGAUUGGUGACAUAUUAACAUUAACAGUACGUGGCGACGAUUUUGAAAGUGCUUCACAAAUUUUCACAAAUAUAGAUAAAAAUCAACAUCGUAUACCCGGUACACCUUCAGAAACUUCACUGCUAGAAUUCGUUAAUAGCUGUAUUACGCAUAAAUCACCUUCACAAGCUAUUGUUUGCUUACAGUACACAGUAGAAAAUAAUAUGAAUGCAGUGGCGAUGGCAAAACAAAUUCACAAUGGAUUUACUUUGAAUGAAGUGCACUUAUCAAAAAUAAAAUCAUUAGUUGGAGAUUCAUAUUUAAGUGAUUAAA